GUAUCUGCGACACGUUACAGUUGCAGCGCUUUCAGCAGGAAGACGUGGAGUUUCUCCAGGAAUACGUCGAAGUGAUGAAACCAAUCGCGAAUGCGUGGACAUACUCCAGGGGGACAAAAACAUCCUUAUGGGGACGUUGCUUCGGACCAUUGCUGCAUUGGAAAGGGAGCUGGAAAUCAUCCGUGACAGGGACCUGCAUUUCUGCGCUCCACUGGCUGAAGCCCUUAUUGAGGGCGUCAGAACCCGGUUCGGCCAUCUCAUGAGUCGCAGUGAUCUUCUGGUAGCUACCGCGCUGAUGCCCAGAUUCAAGACGAACUUGACGUGGCUGUCAGCUCCAGAGCAAUCAGCCCUCUACGAGCAAAUCAAGCACGAGCUGGGUCGGUCGUCAAGGAGUGAGAAGGCCAAACGCGAAGCAAGAAGGAGCGACGACUUCUAUUCCGUAUUAGAUGAAACUGAAGUAGACGAGGCUAACGUACUCGAACUGGAAAGUUUCCUGUCACUACCCCGUGACGCAGCUCUGUCUACCGUGGUUAAUUUUCCUGGCAUCAAAGAGCUAUUCGUAAAGUAUAAUACGGGACUACCAUCAAGUGCCUCUGUAGAACGAAUGUUUAGCGUGGCAGGCGACGUACUGGUUCGAAAACGCGGAAGGCUGAGUGAUGCUAAUAUAGAAAAACAGCUGCUCCUCAAUAUCAACAGAAGCGUGCUUUAAACUGUGCGUUCCACUGUCAAGAAGCUUAGGCGUACGCAGUUUCACCCAUCAUCGGGCUGUAUUUGUGCCUUCAUCUAGUCAUUGCUUUCUGUGCCUUAUCCUAUACAAAAAGAAACAAGUGUGUGUAAUCAAAUAAAAGUUGUUUUUU